AUGGGAGAUGGUAGGAUUGUUGCCGUAAACCAUCAUAAACCUAACUUGUCAUAUUUGUAUUAUAAUUUCAGUGUUUGUUUUUGUUUGUUUUUUUAUCUUACACAGUAGAUAUGUGUUGUCUUUUUCUUUAAGAUGGGGAAGUUAAUGUCUUGGAUGAUAUUUUAACUGAAGCACCAGAUCAAGAUGAUGAACUGUAUAACCCUGAAAGCGAGCAAGAUGUGAAUGAGAAAAAAGGUAUAAAUGAUUUAUUUAUUUUACCUCUUGCAUUUGUCAUUAAGUUGUUGUAAUAGCGUUCAAUUUACGUCAGGGGUGUGGAAUUCAUGUCACCCGGGUGCUUUAGCUAGUGGAUGGCUGUUCCUGGAGAUUCUGGGAAGUGUAGAUCCAUGGCAGAAAACAUAUGGUAUGCACCUCCACCUCGAGGUCUCAGUACUCACUAGUGAGUUGGAUUGUGGCUACCGGGAUUCCCAGCAUGCCCUACUCGUUAGUAAGCGGGAGAGAGCAAUUACUAUGUUCUGCACACGCCAGAGCUUCCUCAUUGGACCCAGGUGGUUUAAUCAUAGCCCCCUCUAGGGAGAAGAGUAAGCAGAACGGAGCACAAAGACAUUACUCAAUACCAAUAAAAGUCAAACUACUCAAAGCCAGCAAAACAUCAUACUAGCAUUACAUGCAACCUUACAGUCACCACACGCAUGCUACAUGGGGAGCCAAAGGUGAUCACUUAACGCAACUUGAAAUAAAAGUUUGUUCCUCUAGCUUAGCUGGAGAAUAUUUCCAAGUGAACUUCUUUUUUAAUUUUUAUUUUGGAUUUGAUUUUCAACAAUUUUGGAGAUUAGGGAGUAAACUUGACAGUGUCCAGUGCUCUUUGUAGGUGCCACAAUCAGAAAUAUUUUGUUUUGAUAAGACAAGUAGAUUGCGAUAACAGGCGAAGUAGAUAGGGCUACUGCUUUAAUCCCUCUGACAAGUAGAUGUUAAAACAAAUUCCACAUCCCUGUACUUACAUACUUUUUCUAAAGAGUACUAUUCGGAACUCUCUAGCCGCAUUUAGGUAAAAUGUUAAUCAAGUGACUGCUAGUGUCUUAAUCCUAUUGUUUUCUGUAGGAUCCAAAAGAAAAAGUGACAGAAUUGAUAUGAGUGAACCGAAGAGACAAAAACAAUCUGCACACGUUUCAAGGCAGCAACCACAGAGAGUGUCUUCAGGGAGCAAUAAAAGAAUUGCUACCUCUAAAGGAAAACCAGGUCCAGACUACAAGAACGAUGAUUUCCAUAGGCAAGAGCGGAGCAGGAGGUCCGAUGGAGAUCGUCGACUACGUCACUCUGGCAGUACUAUGCGUGAGGCUUUUAAAGGGCCACAGGAUAAGAUGGGAAUGAGAAAGCGAGAAUCAGACAGGGUGACCAAAUCCACUACUCCAGAAAUACAAUCAGAGGUAAUUCAUAAUGCAAAGCACCACAUUUGACGAAAACCAAACAUAGCAUAUUGGCACAAACCUCUCAUACCAGCUGCCAAACACAGUGGUGAAGUGAUGAUUUGGACUUGUUUUGCAUCUUCAGGACCUUGAAAACCUUGCAGUCAUUGUGUCAACCAUGAAAUCCUCUGUUUACCAAAGUAUUCUAGAGUCAAAUAUGAGGCCAUCUGUCUGACAGCAUAAAGGGACAAUAUAGUCACCAGAACUACAUUAUUGAAUUUGUUCUGGUGAGUAUAAUCAUUCCCUUCAGGCUUUUUGCAGUAAACACUUUUUCCCCCUUCAGAGAAAAGGCAGUGUUUACAUGCCAGCCUAGGGAUACCGCCACUGGAGCAGUGCUGCCAUUCAGUGUCUCCACCCUCUGCAUGGAGACACUGAACUUUCCUCAUAGAGAUGCAUUGAUUUAGUGCAGCUUUUCAUCUGAGGUCGUAUUAACUAAUUUUAAGAGCUGCUGAGGAGCAGAUGAUUAUGUCCUGAUAUGUAAUCCCAUAGACUUCACAGAGGGUGUACUUUCUUUUUCUUGUGACUGUGUAUUGCAUUGGAAUUUCAGUUGGAAUUUAACACAAUAAUAAAAGUAAUCAUCCCAAUUGCUGAUGGGAACAAGCUUAUAAUGCCCCUGAUUAGUGGAGAAUCCCAUAGCAUUACCAUCCAGGUGGGAAUCAUUUUGGGGUAGCCAUUAGUAACAUUAUACAUUUCUUAUUGUAUCCUCAUUUAAUUUAAUGUUCUUCAGGUGGCAUACUAUAAGAUUACUAAAUUACAUUUUAUAUUUUGUUGGUAUUCAUUGUUCAUGUGUUCUGACCUAAUCUGAUUUACAUCAAGUGCUGUAUCUUCGCUGUCUGAAAAUGUACCUGUGGGUGCAAUACUACUUAUUAAAUCUGUAGAUUGGCACAUGAUAAUGGAAAUUAAUGUGACUACUGAAAAUUCUGCUCACUCUGUAAUGCUGUGCACACUCUUUAAAAAGGAGUUGUUGCACUGUUACAUCAUUGUCCAGCGAUAUCUUGCAUAAGACGUAAGUUAUCAGGUAUGCAUAUCGUUUAAUCUCUUUAUUUUGCCAGCACAAUGUGUGCGUAAACUGGUAUUGUUUUGUGGGUGUAGGAGUUUCUUUAGCUGUUAAAGAUAGUGAUUUAAGAGGCAAGAAUACAUAUCUAUCACAAAUCUGAUCUAUUUUUCCACAAUAUUUUACUUAGAAAAUAAGACAUGAGACGAGCAGAAGACAGAGCAGGUCUAGUCACUCCUCUAAUGAUGGAAAUUCUGAAGACUAUGGUUCAGAUCAGGAAACUGGAAGUAGUGACUCCUCUGAACAAGGUAACAGUGAAAACGAAGAGGAAGUAAUGGAAGAGGAGGAGGAUGAGGGAGAAGAAGCUGAGGAGGUGGAAGAGGACGAUGAGGACUAUGAUCAGGACGAGCAAGAACGAGACCAAAGAGAUGGCAAUGAUUAUGAUACACGCAGCGAGGCCAGUGACUCAGAGUCUGACUCUGCCUCUUUUACAGAUGGCGACUCUAUUCGGUCUGGAUCUGGCUCAGACCUUUCAGGUAAAUACCGUGUGUUUUUGUUUAUUAAUUAAAUACAAAAGAUUUGUAGUGUUUAUGACUGGAGUAACUUAUCAGUUUCUUGUGGAUUUUUUUCUACUAGUCCUGUUCUUGACUUAUUUUAUUUGAAAAAAUUAAAUGCCCACACGUUUCCUUCCAAUCAUGUUUGACAACUUCCCCACUGAGUAAUAUGUAGCAGUACUGUGUGCAUGGCAUGCUAUUUAUUGAGCAAAUUGAAGUCCUCCUAAUGACUGAAUGUUCAGAACACUCAUGAGUUGUUUGAGGGGGUAAAAAGAGUGACAGGAGCAGCAGUUAUGUCUACUUUGCAUGUGUGGGUAGGUAUACGUAGUAAAUAUGCAAUAUUGAUCUUCGUAAACUUUCCAUAGAAAUGUGGUACUUUACCCUCUUUGUAGAGCAGAGUCUCCAAUAGCGUGGAGUAGAGAUAUGGGAAAGAUACAUGUUUCUCAUAAAUUUGUAAACUUACUAAACAAAGCUCGGGAAAACUGGUAUCCUAUUAUAGUUGUGGCUGAAUGAUAAUUUUGAUGGCUAUUCAUAAGCCUGUAGUUGGUGGCCAAGGAAGUCCAUAUACAGGGAGACCAUACAAUACUGUGCAACCCACCUCACUUUGACACUUAUAUAUUCUAUUUAGCUAGUAGUGUAGUUAAACUCAAAACACUUUGAGAUGUAUCCAUCAUCAUGAUGAUAUAUAAUAUGCUCCUUCUUUCUUUUUUAAUUGGCUCUGCCACCAUCUGGGUUUUUUGCAUAUUUCGCAAACACCUCUGGUGGUGAUUGCUCUGCUUGGUAUCCGGUGGCCUAACCAUUUUCCUGUUAGCCUCUGCUGUUUUCAUGCAGUCAAUCCUCUUCAGCUCCAGGCGCUUCAUCUGCCAGAAGGCAUGUUGGUGUUGUAUUCUCACGCAUGAAAAGAUUACAACACUGAUUUCUUUGAAGGAUCACACAAGACUACAGGACCCUCCAUAAACAUAGCUUUUUUUCCUUGCAGCCAUUACUGGUAAUUGCUGGGGGAAAUAAAACUUGACCUUUGCAGCUCCACCUUUUGUCAAGGAUAGGGAAUAUUCUAAGACAACGUAAGUUCCUAUUUUGUUUUAGAAUAUCUUUCAGUGAAAUUUCAACACAGUCAAUGUAAGUAUUUCAAAAAUAUCUUCUAACUUCCUGCUAGUGGCUGGAGAGUCACUAGGGGCAUUCAACACAAACCAAUUCAAAAACUGAAAUUUGACAUCAUGCAUUAUCAUGCAUUCAAUAUGUGAAGCAUUGGAUCCAGUGCUUCCCAUAAAAAAAAAAAUGCAUUCUGUCUCUAGGAUUCAGAUUCAACCUCCGAGCAUCUAAUUAGGCAAGUCAUCUGGAUCAGUCUGUCCCAACAAUGGAAUGAGGAAUACAUACAUACGUGUGUUGUAUUUUUUGGGGGCUGGGUUGUUUUCAGGAUACAUCUUCAUGAAUACCAGUGUAUUGUUUUUAGAGGGUUUGUUGCUCAGCCCUUUGGUGCUUAAUGAAUUAAACAUCCAAAUAUAUAUUCUUACUUAUAGCUAAUCAGGAUUAAUAAAGUAAACAAAGCAUUGUUGACGUAGAGUAACUGAAAUGGACACUUUUCUUUGUAGUUCCUCUCUAACCUGCUAAGAUGGUAGCUUUUAGCCACAUAAGUUAAAAUUAGUAGAGUGUAAUUUGUUACAGAUAUUGUGUAUUAAAUGCACCUUAGAAGUGUCUCCUAGGAAUCAUGGCGGUUUAUCAACACUUCAGAGUCUUUAGUGUCUCUUUGCCAAAAGCACACAUAAUGUAAAGCUCUUUGUGGAGUAGCGUUUACUUUGAUACUAGCCAGCUUCUCCAGAGACCAAGCAUUUUUAGCAAGCACACAGAUAAUGGAAACUAAAGCUGGUAGUUAGAAAUAUAUCUACUGGGGUCCUUACGCCUACCGCAGUACACAGCAAAUCUUGGUCUGAGCAAUGGAUAAACAUCCCCAGGUUAAACUUGGUUAUUUCCCAUUACAUAAUAAGAAUUUAAUUUGGUAAUAUGUUCGGUCCAAGAGUGCACAAUACUGUUGUGUCAUGAAGGGGGAAAACAUUUUUUGUAAACUUAAGAGAUUUUUAGAUUAAAAAUAUAUUUUAAAAUAAACCAUAUUGUGAUUAUGAUGCCUAGAGUAUCCAAUUUUGUUAAAAGGGGAUAAUGAAAAAGUAUGUUUAAAAGAACACUAAAGUGUCUGGCAUAUGUAUUGUGCUUGUCUGGCUGUUUAGGGCUUCUGUCGUCUUUAGAUCGCUCUGAAAAGGUGAAUUUACUCUCCCUUUCUCCCUUGCCGCAGCUGGCCACACUUCUGUAGCUCAUUUUGAUGAUAUCUGCCAAUCAAAUGCUUUCCCACAGGAAAGCAUUGGUAAACUGUUGCACAUGCGCAGCAAAACUUUGCACUGCACUAAUCCGCAUGCCCCAUCAUGCAUCUCUAUGGGGAACAUUCAGUGCCUCCAUGCAAGUGGAGACGCUGCAGCGCUGAGAUUGGAAGCACCUCUAGUGGCCGUCUGAGUGACUGCCAUUAGAGCUGUUACUAGGCAGCAAUGUAAACACUGCCUUUACUUACUCUUAAAACAUGAAAAUAUUUGUUAAAUGCUAAAAGAAAGUACCAGGGGACUGAAAACACUGACCUUUUUAAUUCUAUGAAGUCGUUACAGUGCCUACAGUGUCCCUUUACCAUUAAAUAAGCGUACCUUACUAACCGUAGCCUGGCCCCCACUAAGACAAAAAUUACACACUUCCAUCUAGCAAUACAAACCCACACCUGCAAUGGACAGCGUGAUAGGCUGAUAGACGACAGCUUGCACUCUCAGCCACCCUCUGCUGCUUAUGCUAAUGCUCCUUCGUUUGCCCAAGCAUCACAGAGGAUGAACUGCUGGGGACUAUCAUUUAACAUUAAAAAAAGUUUAACUUUGAAGGAGAGAAUGGAGUCAAGGAGGUUCAGAUGCUAUAAUCUCUUCAGUGAGAUGAAACUAUUACCAUACACUUAGUGUCUUUUUUUUUUUUUUAACCCAUAUUUUUGUUUUAAUUACAUCGAGGAAUUGGGGGGGGGUGGAUUUAUUUUUCCCAUUAUUAUUUUGGCUUUGAUUAUUGCACCAGUGCUUUGGAAUGUUGAAUAGGCAUAUGGAAGUACUAUUUCACAUAUUUUUUGAUUAAGAGACUUACUGUUUAAUAUACGUAGGAUUUCUUAUAUGAUUGCCUGUUUAAAAGAACACUAAGCACCAAACAACUUUUACUUAUCAAGUUGUUUUGGUGUAUAGAUCAUGGCUCUGCAGUAUCACUGUUCAAGUGUUCUGCAAUUUAAGAGUUAAAUCACUUUGUACAACCUUCACUUGCUGUGACUCACACAGCCUCUAUGCAAACUUCCUGUAUUUUUCAUAGUGUUUUAAUAUAACCAUGUCAUCUCAUUAAACUGAUUAUAGUGUCUUGAGUCCUCUGGCACUAUCACUAGUGUCAGAGUAAAUCAAUUUUCAAGCAUAGCCCUGCCCCUUCUGAAGGUGUGGCUGAGGCAGAGAUUACACACUGACCAAUCACAACCACCCAUUGCUUACAUGCUAGAGGGAGUGGGGUAAAGUGACACAAAAGGUAAGGAUAGUAUUAGACUAAUGACAAUUGCAAGAGAGGAAUCAGUCAGGAGCUAUUAACAGUUUAAUUGAUACCCUUUUAUGAAGAAGUGGGUUUUUAAUGAUUUUUUUUGAAGGAGUGGAGACUGGGUGCGCAUCUAACGGAAGAGGGAAGUGAGUUCCCCAGGAACGGUGCAGCCCUCAAAGUCUUGAAGGCAAGCAUCAGAGGUGGGAGUACGGACAGAAGAUAGAUGCAAGUCUUCAGCAGAUUGUAAGGGCCAAGACAGGACAUACUUGUGUAUUAGGGAGGAUUAAUAGGCGGGAGCAGCAUUAUGUAGAGAUUUGAAAGCAAGAACCAGAAUUUUUUUAAUUGAGCCCUAUAUCUUACUGGAAGCCAAUGUAGAGACUGACAGAAGGGUGAGGCAUGUUUAAAGGACCACUCUAGGCACCCAGACCACUUCAGCUUAAUGAAGUGGUCUGGGUGCCAGGUCCAGCUAGGCUUAACCAAUUCUUUUAUAAACAUAGUAGUUUCAGAGAAACUGCUAUGUUUAUGAAUGGGUUAAGCCUUCCCCCAAUUCCUCUAGUGGCUGUCUCAUUGACAGCCGCUAGAGGCGAUUGCGUGCUUCUCACUGUGAAAAUCACAGUGAGCGCACGCAAGCGUCCAUAGGAAAGCAUUGAUAAUGCUUUCCUAUGUGACCGGCUGAAUGCGCGUGCAGCUAGCCGCAUGGGAGGAGAAGAGGAGGAUCGGAGGAGGAGAGCUCCCCGCCCAGCGCUGGAAAAAGGUAAGUUUUAACCCCUUUCCUCUCCUCAGAGCCAGGCAGGAGGGGGUCCCUGAGGGUGGGGGCACCCUCAGGGCACUAUAGUGCUAGGAAAACAAGUGUUUUCCUGGCACUAUAGUGGUCCUUUAAUAGCAUGCUUGAGCCCACAACAUCCUCCUGUUUGUGACUAAAUUAAAAUGAACACAGCAGGAGAGAAGAACGUGUGCACAAAGUUAACACACUGUGCUGUAAGAUCUGAUUGACAUGAAGCCUUUUUUUUAAUUAUUAUUACGGCUGUGAGUGUCACAGCCAGGGGAGGUGUGACUAGAGCUGCACAGAAAGUCUUUUAAGGCCUAAAUGGCAGUGGAUGGAGCACUGAGGCUGCACCAAAACCACUGCAUUAAGCUAAAUAUUUUUUUGUGCUUUAAGUAUCUCCUUAAAUGGAUGUUCUUUUAAUCCAGACAUAAUCAUGCUUCCCAUUAUUUGAAAUCCAUUGAUGUGAGGUUGACGUGAACAACCUUUUAAACAGUAAUUAACUGGAAAAGGAGUAUGUGUGCAGUAUAGUUUACAGUGAUAAGACUGGUAUUAAACUUGAAGUAUUGUACUUAUAUAAGAAGUUUGUUCGUAGUGACCUGUUGUCCAUAGUCACUUUUUUUUUUUUUAUUUUUUUUUUUACUUUUUGCAUAAUUUUACCACCGGCAAAAUAACAGUUGGUCAGUGGCUACUCAAAGUGAUUAUCUAUCAUUCUGUGGUCACAAAUCACUUCUCUCAUUGACAAAUGUACUUUGUAAAUCUGACUGGCAUAUCCAAUGUUCAUUCAGAGAGAUUCUGUCAAUUGUUGCAAGCAUCAAAAUCUCUUCUCAUGUGGGCAGUGAUAAUGCAACUUUUGAGAAUGAAGGGUGAGUUACUACUGACUGAAACAGGGGAGGAAGCGAACAUUGGAAAUGACAUUUGCUUUUUCUGAAAAGUAUCUUCACAUAUAGUUGAAUGAGGUAGAUACAGCCAUAUAAAAUGUGCCAUGACUGUUUGUGUUGCAAACUCUUGAUCGUGAUGGUAGUUUGUGCCACAGUAUUCAGAAUAUGCCAUAGAAAAAAGAUGAGGGACAUUUCUACUUUCUUUUUACGGAAUCUCAUGCGUGUAGUGAAUAGCCCCAACUGCUUUAAUGGUUUUGAGUUAAUAUGCAACUCAUUAACCAGAGAAGAAAAAUAAGUAGUUAUCUGGCAUUUGAGGACUAAUAUUAACAGAGCUGUUGAAAUUGUAUGAAUCUGCUUCCUGCUCAUUGUGCAUAGAUUUGUGAAGCAGCAGACAUCUUUGUUUAUCAACAAGUCUACAUUUGGUAAUUUUCUAUUCCCUACCAUUUGGUUCUAUUAUUUACUACAUUUUUACGGUGGCAUGUUGCUACGUCUUUCGUUAAAAUAGACCCAAAUAGAUUUUUAGACUGUACGUAGCCUGUUUACGCUACUAUGGCUACAUCGUGAGAAUGUUGCCUCUUUAUGUUUUGAUAUUCCCCGUCCCAUCUGUUGAACCAUGGAGCCCAGUAUAACUUGUAACAUGCACGGCAUCCACAUGGAGGAAAAUACCACCUAACUGCUAGAUUAGAGCCUGGCUGUUGGAGUAUUCAAGCCCCCCUGCCAUGCUUACAAUAUCUUUUCACAUAUUUUCUAGAUGAGAAAAAGAAGGAAAGGAAAAGGGCUAGAGGUAUUUCUCCAAUUGUGUUUGAUAGAAGUGGAAGUUCUGCAUCAGACUCUUAUGCAGGUAUUAUUUCCUUUUUUAGACGCUCAUACUGAUUUCUUCCACAAACAGUAAAUUAAUUCUAAAAAGAUGAAAUGGCAUAGAUCACUGAUGGCAUGAGUAUCUGUACAUUGAUAUUGAAUAGGCUGUGAAUAACUGUUUCACACUAUCCUUUCUCUGUUCUUUUGCAUAAUGUCUAAGAAUAUUGUACGUUUCUUGAAAGGCACUUUAAAAAUAAAUAUAUAUAUUUUCUUUCCUAUAUCUUAUACUGGUUCAUUUAGUGUUGUUCAUGCUUGACUCAGAAAAUGUGGGAUUAUCAAUAUAUCGAUCUGCAUCUGCUUUGAGAGAUUCCUGCAAGGAAACUUUUUUCAGUGUAGCCCCUUGUUUAGACAAAUUGUAUACGUAAAGGUUCAUAUUACCAUCAGCUGUGAUCCCAUUAGGUGUAUAUAUUCCAGUUUUUCAGGACAUUAUGAGAAUCAUUCCUUCUUUUGAUCUGUACGUGGCUACAAAACUUACUAACUAGUUAUUUUCGAUACAAUUUACUUUUGGAGUAUCCUGUGUAGAACACUAAUGGUAUAUGUGGAAUUGGGAGGUGGUUUCAUUAUGUUUUGUGAAUUAAAAAAACAGACUUUUGAGAUGUGGAAAAACAGGCAUUUGGUUGGAGUGCAUAACAUUUGAUGUGUAAGCAUAUGUAAAGAAUGUCCGAGCACCCAUGUUAAACUGGUGCUAAUGCAAUUUUUUGGCAUGUCUUAUAAAAUUGGUUCAAAGCCGUUUUGGAAAUGUAUGUCCGAAGGCAAAACCUGAAUACAUGUACUUUUGGCUAAAUGCAGGUUCAGAAAAGAAGCACGAAAAAUUACCCUCUUCUGUUCGUGAUGUCCGCAAAGGUAUUAUUUAAUUUAUACUUCUUUUCUUUUCCACAAUUCUCUGAAGCCUAAAAAGAGACUUUGUGUCAGUUGGUGUAAAAGUCCAUGUUUUGCAUUUCUGAUUUGCCAUUAUCGGGACGGUCGUUUUUAGUUUAUACAUUAUUGUUCAUGACCGUUAUGCACCAAUUACUUAUUUAAGACCGCACUCCAAUAAAUUUCCAGUUUAUUUCUGUUUCUACCUUUUUUCAUUAGUUGGUCUAGUUCUCAAUGAUAUUUGACAAACCAAUGUGUUUUCUUGUUUUUCCCAAGGCUUGAUUCAUUGAUGUCCUUUACAUAUUUGUAAAUAUAUUGCGUAACAUUACAUUAGAUCAAAAAAAAAAAUGUUUGAGGCAAUGGAAGAAAAUUAAGAGGCUGAUAAUUGUUUUCCUUUUUUCCUCCAUUAAAAUUAGUUUUAUAGUAACUGAAAUAUAAACUUGGCAUUCAAAACUCCUGUUCUUUGUCUGUUGCAGUGUGCAUUUAUCACAACCUGUUUUUAGUUUUGCAGCAUUGGUCUGUCAAUGUAAUCCUGUGUUCAGGAUUGCAUUAUUUUGGUCCCUGUGUUUACUACAUCAGGGCUUGACAAAUUUGCUUUGAAUCUAGGAGCCAGCUUAAACUAGUUUAGACUUUGCAAAAAUGUUUACGAAUAUCUUUAUUUUCAACAGCAAAAAUACAAUUCUUUAAAGGGACACUAGAACCGCUUAAUGUAGUGAUUCUGGUGUCUAUGGCCUGUCUCUGCAGGCUUUUCAGAGAAAGUGCUUCCUAGUUAGGUGCUGCACAGUGUGCAACACCUACGUUCAGCAUCUCCUAGCUCUACAUGGAGGCGCUCAACGUUUCUUACAGAGAUGCAUUGAUUCCAAGCAAAGGUUUGAUUAACUCAGCCAAUGGUUAUUUCAGCCAUGGAGCGGGACCCAGCCGCAGCAAGUUUGGUGUGGUGUUGGAAAAGAGAAGUAAAAACGCCUUACCCGUGCGAUCAUAGGGGGUCGGUCACCUAAACACAGUUACUGACAUACUCACUGAUUUGAUGCACGCGCACACUCACAAAUCAUUUGUUUUAUUUCAAUUUACAUCCUUCUUACCUUUGGGAGAGCUGGAGUGGAUCUUUUCUCUGUGGUCCAGUGUGGCUGCUCGCAUCCUGUCCCCUUCUUGCUCUGCUCCCUCACCGCCCAUUUACAUUCCGCACAGCCGCCCUAAGGUGGCUGGUGCUGAAGGGGCUGACACACCCAGACAAAAUUCCUAGUCGCCAUGGCGACCUGAUUUGUCAAGCCCUGUACUAUACUGUAAAGAAACAUGUUCAAUGAAGUCUAAUUGGGAAUGCAUGGAUGUAGAUGUGAGUGAUGUGUAAAAUUAACUAUUAAUAAUAAUGGGGAUGUGUUUAGGUGUGUCUGCAUGCACAUCAGAUAAGCCUUUAUGUAUUUAUAUUUUUUGCUUUAUUCUCUAGAUCUGUGCGAAUUAGAGCUGCUAAUUGACGUUUGUAUUUAUGAUACACCAAAUGUAAUUUUUUUAAUUUAUUUUUUAUGAAUUAUUUUAUGAAACCAAUAUAAUCUAGUGUUUGAAUUUACAUUUUUCAGAACGUAUCAAUAAAAUUCGUUAUAUUCUUCAAGAUGCCAGAUUCUUCCUAAUCAAGAGUAAUAACCAUGAGAAUGUAUCUUUGGCUAAAGCAAAGGUAACUUCAUUUAUUUAAUCAAAUUUGUUUUCUAUACAUGUUUAAAGUCAUCUACCACUUCAUGCACUAUAACAAUAUGGUCUAAGCAGUCAGCCAUCUUGAUGUUUUUGUCCUGUUCCUGUAAAAAGAUCACUUUUUAGAUCACGUACAAUUUGUACUCUGUCUUCACUCUUCAUUCAUCCUCCGGUUUCAUAUUUCUCAAUCUUGUUAAACUUUUAAGCUAAAGUUUGGUAAAACUCAUUUUAAAUAUUACAUUGGAGGUCUUUACAAAUUUCUGUUGUCACACAGGGUGUUUGGUCAACGUUACCAGUAAACGAGAAGAAGCUAAAUGCAGCUUUCAGAGCUGCAAGGAGCGUUAUCUUGGUAUUCUCAGUUAGAGAAAGUGGAAAAUUUCAAGGUAAGCUAUCCAUGGAUUUAUGGAGUAUAAAUAGGGAAAUUGAAUUGGUGUGGAAGAGAGUAGAGGUUGCCACUAAUAAACAAAAGCUUUGUUAAAAUGAGGGAUAGCUCUGAAUUGUUCCCUAGAUGAACCCUUUGAAGGAAUGUUAAUGUGCCUGCCUUAAUCUUCUCUGGCUUCUCCCAGAAGUGUUCUGCAGUUGAGGCCAUAGGCCUUGAAGUGAGGUACUUUACAUUCAUGUCAGGGCUCACAUCUAGAUUUCAAAUUUACAAUUUCUGGUACCUUAAAGGGCUGUAAACUAAAACAGUCUGUUGUGGAUUUGUUUGCCUAGAGUCUCUGGAAGCCUUUCCACAAUUUUAUAUGAAUUUUUUUUAGAUGCUAUAUGAUAAUGUAGAACUAACACUUCCUUAUUACUGAUGUCUGUUUCAUCCAACCUGGAUGUCAUUGAGAGCCUUGGGGCAGUGGGUCUCUGAUAAGCCUGUGGGUACCAUGGAGAGCCCUUGGUUUUUCUAACCACACCUACAUGGUUUGACAUAAAAUGGGGGGACGGCUUCCAGAGACUUUAGGCAAUAUAACCCAUCUGUCGUGUGAUAUCCAAAUUUUGGUGCAACUUAUUUUUACAUUUUGAAUAGGCUUUGUAUUUAAAUCUAUUUUGUGUAGAGCUUUGCUUUUAAGUAUCUUAGUAUGGAUUAGAUCUUGCUGUGUGAUAAGUGUCAAAUAUUGCUCUUGAACAAGAUUUGAACGUGGAAGUGACUUCGCCUUUAACAUGUGUUUGUGUCUUGCAGGUUUUGCGCGUUUGUCAUCAGAAUCACAUCAUGGUGGGUCACCUAUCCACUGGGUGCUCCCAGCAGGAAUGAACGCAAAGAUGCUUGGUGGUGUAUUCAAGAUAGACUGGAUAUGCAGGUGAACAUGGACUUUAUUUUUUUUAUUUUUUUGUCCUAAAAAAAUGUCUUGAAUGAUUGUUUUAGUUAACAUUGAUACCAGUAUUUCUUUCCCUCUUAUUUCGAGUGGCAUAAGUGGUUUGUUUUCUGAAUGUUGAUCUUUCUCCUAAAAUAGGCGUGAAUUGCCCUUCACGAAAUCUGCACACCUAACCAACCCUUGGAAUGAACAUAAGCCAGUGAAAAUUGGACGAGAUGGUCAGGUUAGAGAUUCUUCAGUAUCCUAAAACUUAAAUUUUCCACUACUACAGUUUGCUGUUAGAUGCAACCAACUUACAUGCCUCUGCUGCAUUUGCAUUAGAUGCAUGAAUAGAUGCUCUUGUUCACUGCAGUAUGAAUUCCUUUGACUUAUAGUGUGUUUGGGUAUACACAGCGUUUCUCAAAUAAUAUGGUGUAUUCUGCUGCAUGCUGUAAUUUAUCUUAAUGUGCAUCAAACUUUUUUUCAGCGCUGCAGGGUUCUUGUGUGCUGGCCCUGCCACCGAUCCUCUACUUUGGCUGACCUCAUUAGAAUUGAUGAUCUCAGCCAAUCCAAUGCUUAUACAUAUGGAAAGCAUUGGAUUGGCUGAGAUCGCCAAAGGGCUUGUGGGCAGGGCCAAAUCCUUACCUGGCCAAUCAACAUCUCCUCAUAGACAUGCAUUAAAUCAAUGAAAAAGACAGUGUUUACAGCAAAAUGCCUGUCUAUACUCACCAGAAAAAUUAAUUUAGGCUGUAUUAGUUCUGGUGACUGUAGUGUCCCUUUAAUUAUUUAGAUUCUUAAAAUCAGACCUCUUUUAUAUUUAUAGCAUGCCAACAAAUUCUGCAGCUCUGAAAUAGGUGGACUAAGAGACAAGUAUUUGAUACUAGAUGAAUUGGAUACACAGAAAUAGAGGGUGUUGAGGGCCUGCUCAAACAAGUUGAAAUUCUGGAGGAUAUUCUAUAUGUCCCACAGUUUUUCACCCUCUACCAGUUUCCAAAUAUAAACACUGCUGGUAGCUUUCAGUAUGCCACGGAGCACAGGAAACUUGUAUAUGCGGUUUCUUAUACACUUUGCCACUGCCAGCAGAGACAUUUUACAGUGUGAUGCAGGAAUUAACUCUUUCUGCUCAGGUUGUUCUGGAUACAGCAGUCUCCGUACAGUGCUAGUCUCUGACCUCUUUCCAAUGAUUGGCAGCACUUAAUGAAAAUCUGAAAGCAGGCAAACUGAACAUGGAGCACUUAGCCUGCCUGACUUUGAUAUUGGGUUCUGUGCUAACUGUAUGCCAUCUAGUUCCUACUCAUAGAGCCAUAUAUAGUGCAGGUUGUCGUACCUGGCUUGCAUCCUUCUCCACUGUAAUGUAAUGAUGCAGAGAGAGGCAGCAGCAUGUCUAUGCACUCUGAAGAAAGAACUGUAGAGUGACAUACAAGCAAACCAGCUAAGGGUACCUUCACAAUGUCAGGGUUGAUGUGUAGGCAGAUAGGUUUGUAAGCCUGUUUUUCUGUGUGACCAAUUGAUUUUUGUGUGUAUGUAUGAUAUAUAUCUAUCAUACAUACACCCCAACAUACUGUUUACAGAAACAUAAUAAAGUAAAUCUUUAUCUACAGAUUCCACUGUAGACUCUCCCAAAGUUGCUAAUUUAUAACAAUUUUUGUAUUUGCUUAUGAACAUAUAAAUACACACACUCCCCUGCAUAUAUUAUUGCCAUUUAUAUAGCGCCAACAAAUUCUGUAGCGCUUUACAAUAUAAGAGGGGGGCUUUAACUAUAAAUAGGACAAUUACAAAAAGAAAUUACAGGAACGAUAGGUUGAAGAGGACCCUGCUCAAACGAGCUUAGAAUCUACAGGAGGUGGGGUAUAAGACACGUUAGGACAGGAAAUAUCAAUCAAAUAGGGUGGGCGUGAAGCAGAGCUGGAGGAGAGAGUAAAGCACUGCCCUAUAUGAGAGAGCAAGAGACAGGUAUGUCUGGGAGGCCAUAAGCUUUCCUAAAGAGAUGGGUUCUUAAAGGAUUGAAGACUAGGGGAGAGUGAUUGGGGUAGACAGGCUAUUCCAUAGGAAAGGAGCCGCCUGUGAGAAGUCCUGCAAGCGCAAGUUGGCUGUACGGGUGUGAGCAGCGGUCAGGAGGUGGUCACGGGCAGAGCGGAGGGAACAAGGAGGGGCGUACCCUAUGGAUCUGUGAAGAGAUAUGAGGGGCUAGAAUUCUUCAGUGCUUUAAAUGUAUGGGUUAGCACUUUGAAUUGACUCCUAUAGGAUACAGGGAGCCAAUGUAAGGACUGUCAGAGGGGUGAGGUGUGAGAGGCCCGACUAGAGAGGAAAACCAGUCUGGCGGCGGCAUUCAUUAGACUGUAGCGGGACAAUACGGCUUUUGGGGAGACCAAUCAGGAGAGGGUUACAAUAAUCCAUGCUGGAAAUUACUAGAGCAUGGACAAGCUCCUUGGUAGCAUCUUGUGUAAGAAAGGGGCGGAUGCAGGCUAUGUUUUUAAGUUGGAAUCUACAGGAUUUGGCAACAAACUGGAUGUGAGACCAGAGUCAGGUUUUUUAAAACUUGGUCUAUGGUAGUGUCCGUGUGCUAACUAGUUACUUUUUUUUUUUCAGGAAAUUGAAACAGAUUGUGGAAACCAGCUCUGCCUUCUGUUCCCAACGGAUGACACUAUUGACUUGUAUCAAGUCAUUCACAAAAUGAGACAAAAGAGAAGAAUGAAUUCACAGCCCCGAUCAAGAGGACGUCCCACACGCCGAGAGGCAACACGAGAAGUGGGAAGGUUAGAAACGUUCUUUGGACUGAUAAUAGGCAUUUGUGCUGGAGUAACAUGACGGACAACACAGCACGCCUUUUCCUGGCAAUGAUGAAGAGCGAAAAUCCUCACAUCAAGCUGCAUGGAGGCGUUUGUGGCUUCAUUGAGGAUUUCAUUUUUGGUCCUUUCCUUUAUGUCCCAAAGUCCCAUGUUGCAGUCUUUUAUCAAGGCCCAGCAGGGGAGGUUGCUCAUUUGAGGUGGGAAGUGCCACAAUUUUAGACUAGCAUAGACUAGAUAUGAUUUCAUGCAGAGAAAGUACAAAGCCAAUCUGGAAGUGUAGGCAUAGUGAAGUAAGGAAAGAAAAAAAACAUGCAGAAAGAAUGUUAAUUUUUUGUUAAAAGCCUUUUCUUUCAGGUAUUACCCUGGAUAACUCUAAUCAGAUAUGGGACUUUUAUAAAGAAUCAAUAAUGGUGUUGCAGAAGAUGCCACCUCCUCUUGGGGAGAUAAAGCUUUAAAAAUGUUGCUUUGUUUUCAAGAGGAGCCUUGUUGGGACUAUUUCCAUAUGGCUUCACCAUGAUGUGUUUAAAGCAGAUUGCAAAAUGUUCUCUAAGUAAUACCACAGUGAAUACAUCUUGCUGAGCUCCUGAAACCGUUUUAGGUUCUGUGGAAAAGGGAGCAAGUUGCGCGGAGACCCGGCAACAUACCAGAAAGUUGGGGCUGUUGCUGUGUCUAUACAUCCCUUCCAGAUGCUGGCAGUGCCUGUGGACUAUAAAUGUUGUAGUGGAUCGACAUGGUUUUUCACUGCUUUAUGAACUUAACACCAUGUACCAAGAAAAAAAAAAUGGGGGUGUAACAUGUUUCAGAAUUGGAGAAGGCUUUCAAAGAACUGAUGUUUAAAAGCCCUUCAGCCAAUCAACCCUCCCUCUUAUAGGCUAAUUGUUUACAGAUAAUUCUUAAAGGUUUCUACUAAAGACUGUUGGUUUGAUGGGGUUCCAUUUUGGGUUAUUCGGUGGUAGGUAGACGGCCAACUCCAGAGUCCCUAUAACGUUUGAAAGGACACCACCGAUUAGGUAGGAGGAAACCUGACAGACUCCCCUCCCUAUUUUGAUUUUUUUUUUUUUUCCCUUUUUAUUUUUUUGCUUUAAAUGGACUGAGCUCAAAGAAGUUGUAAGCUAAAAGGUUUCCUUCACACUAAUCUCUAAUAACAAGGGAAUUUUACUCCAGUUUUGCAAUGGACUGCAAAAUAUACUUGUAACAGCACUACACCUUCUGAGGUCCGCCCUAUAUAUAAGCGGCCUACAGCUUAAAAUCGUUAGUGGACUACUGUAUGAACUGUUGCUAUAUUAUAUACCGGUCGUUAAUGCACUCUACAAGAAAGCGGUAUGUUCCCUCUUUACACCAGCUUUUUUUUUAUUUUUGCUAUAUGUGCAAUGCUUCUUGCUCAUAGGGUGAAAUUUGAAUAUUUUUAGGAGGUUUACUUUGCAGAGAAAAUAAUUUUGGGCCACUUCUAUAACAUUGUUAAUUAAUCCUAUGUAUCUUUAUCACUUGGUCCAUUAGAUGAGAUCUGCUUUUUAAAAGUGCCACGUUUGAUUUGUUUAAAAGCUCUACUAUGGUAGUAUAGAAUACUUUUUUUGUUUUUCUUCAUGGGAAGACAAAAAAAGAAUCUCACUUUCGUAUGCAGAAUACAUCUUGAAGCAUUAAUAGCUGAAUUUAAAGCAAAUAACUCAUAACAUCAGCUGUUGUUACUACAGUUCAUUUUUUUUAUAUGCCAUAGAUUAUUUUUUUUUAAUGUAUGUAAUUUACAGAACAUCAAAUAAGUGCUUCCAAGUUGUAGAAGAUCUUUUGUUGUGUGUGAUUUCAAUAUUCUAAAGACAUGGCUAUUAUUGUAAAAGAUAAAUGUUUAUGUCUAUGUUGGAAUAUUCAGGUUUAGAUUGUUCGUGUGGUUUUGCAAUUGCUGGCAUGGGAUGCAUUGUUUGGUUUCUUUAGCAGACCGUGUUCAUAAAAGGCUAUCAUGUAGUGAAACUGUAACUACCUUUUGGUUGAACAUCUAAAACAGGUUUCAGGUGGUUUCUUAAAGGUGAUGGCACCUCAGGCUGUCCAUUGCAGGUAUGUACUUGCCAAUAACUCCUAGUUUUCUAUUUAAUUUCUAACAUUUUAAUUUGUAUAGGCGUCGACCUGAAGAUUAUGAUAUUCAUAACAACCGAAAGAAACCAAGAGUUGACUAUCCCACAGAUUUUCAUCAGCGGCCAGGUUAAUAUCUUUAUUAAAGCAGAUUUUUUUCCCUCUAAUUUAGUAGUUAACAUUUCUUGUGUAUUGCAUUUUUGUUUGAGUUUAAAAGCUUUUAUAGCAUUGAGGGGAAAACUAUAGCAGUUGUUUGUUAAAGAGACACUAUAGUCGCCAAAACAACUUUUUUUGAGUGUUUGUGUAUAGAUCAUGCCCCUGCAUUCUCACUGCUCAAUUUUCUGCUAUUUAGAAGUUUAAUCACUUUUGAUUCUGUUUAUGCCUCCCUAGCCACAUCUCCCCUGGCUGUGACUGACACGACCUACAUAAAAACAAAAUGGUUUCACUUUUAAAUUAGAUGUAACUUAAUUUAUAAGUUUAUCUCCUGCUCUGUAAAUUUAACUUUUAUUACAUACAGGAGGUUCCUGCUGGGUAUAGCAAGCUAUUAACAGAGCAGGGGAUACACAAUUCUAAUUUAACCCCUUAAGGACUGAGCCAAAUGUACACGUUGUGAACAAAACAAAACCUGGCAUUUACGCUACAUGUCUGUCCAACCGUAAUUCACCUCUUUCAUAUUAAAUGCACCCACACUUAUAUAUCAUUUUAUUCAGGGGAAACAGGGCUUUCAUUUAAUAUCAAAUAUUUAGCUAUGAAACAAUUUAAUAUUAAAAAAAAAUGGGAGGAAAUAAGAUUUUUUUUUUUUUUGUUCUACGUGACAUUUUAACUGUCAAUGUCAUAAUACUGUUUGCUUUUACUGCAAAUGCAAUUUGUAUUCAGCAAAGUCUCACGUGUAAAACUGUGUUCAGCGACGUCUCCCGAGUAAAACAGUACCCCCCAUGUACAGGUUUUAUGGUGUCUUGAAAAGUUAUAGGGUUAAAUAUAUUGCUGGCAAAUUAAAUUCCCUAUACUUUCGGCAUGGGUUGUCAGGCAGGUCCUGCUAAUUGUAAUGAAAAUACCUAAUUAUGUAGAAUUAAUGUGUAUGUGUAUAUAUAAUUUUUUAAAAUAUUUUUAUUUAUGUAUUUAUGUAUAUAGAUAUAUAUUUCAUUCUGCGUGUAUUUUGCUAUAAAUAUAGAUAUAGAGAGAGAGAUAAUAUAUUUUAAAAUACACCGGGGGGGGUGUAUGUAUGUAUGUAUGUGUGUGUGUAUAUAUAUAUAUAUAUAAUUUUUUUUUAUUAUUAUUUUUUUUAUUUUUUUUUUUACACUGAUUUUAACUUGUUUAUUUGAAUUCAGCCAGCAGGGGGACUAACGGUCAUUACAAUGCAAUGCAGCAGGCAGCUAACUCGGCCAUGUGACUGUGAGAUCCUCGCAAGGACCUCACUCUCACAUGGCCGGGGGGGGGGGGGCAUAAUAGUACGCCCUCUGGUUUUAAGGGGUUAAACAUAAUUUGCAACAAAGGAAGUGUAAACAUUAGCUGACUCUUAACGGGUGGUGGUUAGGGAGGGCUCCGUAAGUCACUUGCAGGGAGAUGUGACUAGGGUUGCAAAAACAAGCUAACAUUGUUUUGAUGACUAUAGUGUCCCCUUAAACUUCAGGCCCUUGAUCAUGUGCCACCCAUAACAUAGUCACUGCUGACAACUAAACCUUUUCCGUGCAUAGCAAAAUAGGGCACUAGACAAACUUCUGGCCUCAAAAAGGUUAUUAUGACUGUCCAGUUGUGCCUCCCCUGCAUGUUAUGGAAUUAAUGCUUCUUUAAUUCUUGAAUACCAAGGGUGGCUGUAUUGGGAUUUGUUUGAAUUUCCUUUUGCCAUUUAUUUAAUUAGAGCAGGGAUCUCAAACUCUGCCCUUCACCAGCUCUCCAGUUUAUUUGAAUGCAAAAGGUAUUAUGGAAUUGUAGUUCAGUAACAUCAGGGAGACUGUUUGAGAUGCCUUAACUAGAGAAUAAUUGACUAAAAUCUGGAUUUGUGUUUUUGGCCUGCUGCAUUUCAUAUGUCAACUUGAAUUCCCAUGUCACAUAUUAAGCGAUGAAACUUCAUAGUUUGUACAGGAAAUGAAACACCAACCUGCUUUUUAUAUAUAUUUUCUUUUGAUAAAUGCAGGAUUUGUCAAGGAUCCUCGAUAUCAAGAAGUGGAUCGGUAAAUAUGAUUUUUCUAGUAUGUGUUUUUAUGAAUAGAAUGUUUUGAAUAUUAAAACAUUUAUUUCUUUAACCUUUUUUUACAGUAGAUUUACUGGGGUUCGCAGAGACGUAUUUUUAAAUGGGGUAAGUGUGUAAUUUUUAUGUGUGUGUGUAUUUUCUGUUUUCAUGAUCACAUCUUUUAUUUUUGAGUAGUGAUGGCCUUAUUUAAAGACACUAGUCACUACAACAUAAUGUAGUUGUUCUGGUGAGUAUAAUCAUUGCCUUCAGGUAUUUAGAUGCAAACACUGCAUUUUCAGAGAAAAGGCAGUGUUUACAUUGCCCCUAGGGAUACCUACAUGUGGCCACUCCUCAGAUGGCCACUGGAGAUACUUCCUGGCUCAGUGCUGCACAGUGCACCGCACUGCCGCUUUAGCAUCUCCAUGCUCUGAAUGGGGACAUUGAAUUUUCCUCAUAGAUAUGCAUUGAAUCAAUGCAUCUCUAUGAAGAAAUGCUGAUUGGCCAAAAUGUUGCUUGGCCCUCCUUGAUAAUUUUAGCCAAUCCAAAGCGUUCCCUAAGGGAAGUCAUUGGAUUGACUAAAAAAAAGCAAUUCUGAUGUAAUCAAGGAGGCGAAUUGAGGGCGGGACCCAUGCAGCGCUGGAAAUUAGGUGAGUUUUUUUUAACUUUGGGGGGGGGGGGGCAGCCACUCAAAUGGUGGGUUUAACACUUUAGGGUCAGGAAUACAUGUUUGUGUUCCUGACCCUAUAGUGUUCUUUUAAUAAAUUUUCCAAAUGAUUCAACACUGUUAGAAAAACUUUCCAAAUGCUUUAUCAGCAUAAGCCACCGUUAAAUUCUGUCACCUUUGUAGAUAAAGCAUUUGGAAAGGAUUUCUAACUGUAGUGGAGCUUUAUGAAAACUUACUUAAAGGGAUACUAUAAGUGCCAGGAAUACAAAUAGCUCUCCCCUCCCUGGUAAAUAAACUGUCGCUGGGUCGGCGAUCCGCCCCCUCCUCUGUGUCGUAACAAGCAGGGUCUAAUAUGCAUGCGCGGCAAAUGCUGUGCGCUCAUUAGACCUGCCCAUAGGAAAGCAUUGAAUAAAUGCUUUCCUAUGUGGAAAAAUCUGACACUGGAUUUCUUCAUGCAGAGCGCAAGGAAGUCCAGCUUCCGAUACCGGACCAAAGGCGGUCUAUCAGACAGCCACUAAGGGCAGACUUAGAGCUGCAAUGUUUUACAUUGCAGUACAAAGUGCAAAAGGGACACUGCACCCAGACUACUUCAAUGAGCUGAAGUGGUCUGGGUGCUUACAGUAUUCCUUUAAUAAAUCAAGGCCAAUGUUGGAUAACUACUUCCAUCUCAACUAUUGGCCUUUUUACUGAUGUUUAUGUUAGCUGCAUAUAUUAAACACUAGGACUCUUGCAAUCUUGUGAUUAGAGGGUGGCUAUAUUCAUUAUCUAAAAGGGAACAAUUGUGUGUGCAUGAAAGGUACUAUGAGGAGAGAGCAUGUGUAAAUACCUAUAAAUUAGAUGACUCGAGUGACAUCACAAAACACAAUACAUAGAUGACCAGCUGUUAAGAACAGACCUGUGACCAAGCUUAGUCUCUAGCUCAGUUAAGCGGUGCUUUCCAGUUCAGGUUCUUUUCAAAUAGUUUUCAAUGAAUUGUUUUCCAUAUGUAUAUUAAAUAAGUUAUUUACUAUAUAAUGAACAUUAAUAUUGGGGGAUAACCGUACAAACGUAUACAUCCAAAAUAUAAUUAUUUUUUCUUUAAUUGGUGAAAUAAGUUGUAACACAUUUUAUGAAUGCAGUGUGUUUGUAUUAUAUUAAUUCUUUAUGAUAUUAUUUAACUAAAUGCAAGAAAUGAAACCACAACAAAAAAAAAUUGAUUAUUAAAAGAAAACAAAAAAAAGAUGUACAAUAGGUCUAGUCUAGUGGAAGUCAUCACUUUAUACAAUAUUCAUGCUCUGAUUCUGGUAUGAAGUUUGAAAGCAGUUGUACAGCAGACAUACAUUGUAACAACUCAACAGUGGGGGCACACUUUUAAUUGAUGAAAUGCAGAAGUGUACACUGUGAAUUUAUAGAAAAUGACGUAUAGACAAAAUGAUACAAACUGCCAGGUCUUGUUAGUCCAGUUUUUCUUUGCAAGAGGCAACAUAAUUGUUGCUAUAUUUGAAUAUUUAUGUGAUCAUGUUGAAACGCCAAUGUAUUUUAAACAAAAUUUUUUUUUUCAUUUCACUAAUAAAUUUUCAAACAAUUGUAGAAGAAAAAAAAUUAAAAGCGAUCUUAUAUUUUUUGUGUAAUUUAAAUUUUUUUCUUUUGUUUUCCAGUCUUACAAUGAUUAUGUAAGGGAGCUUCAAAACAUGGGACCACCUCCACCAUGGCAAGGAAUGGUAUGCUUUUUUUGUUUUUUAAACACCUUUACAAUUUUAACCACUUAACGACAUGAUCUAUGCCGUCAUACACUGUAGGGCUUUAACUCCCAUUGAAAGCAUACAGCGUCCUGCAAUAAAAGUACCAGCAGCAUUAAAUAUCUGCUGGCACCAUGAAACCCCAGAUAUCUUUGGAUAAUUGAUUGGCAGAUGAGCCAUGUCCAAACCGAGGGCUGCACCAUAGCCUUUAAAACACCCUGGCUGAGCGAUCACUCUAAGAUGCGAUGAUUCUGAGCCUCCACCUGGCAUGGCACUGCUAAAGUCAGGAAACACCAGGUAUCUGUUGAAAGCUGGAGCCACAAUUAGUGGCCCCAGACUGACAGAUGAGUGAUUCAGAGUCUGAGAAAGCCCUGGCCAUGUCUCCAUGUAUGCCCGUCUGCCCUCUGUGUGCAGCAGCUGCAGCAUUUACACGGUACAGAGCUGGGAAAACCUCUGCUAAUACCUGUAGGAGGCGAAUUAGAAGCUGUUAUACAUGUCUGAUAUUAUUAUACACGAGAACAAUGGCAGAAUACAGAUCUGGAGAUGUAAAUGUCCCCAAAAUAAUACGUGUGAAAAAGACAUUAAGUAAUUAAGUUAAUCAAUAAAAUGGGUAAAUGAAGUUUCAAAUUUGACCAAUUAUCGGUUUUGCCGAUAUUCGGUAUUUUCUGCAAUAUCGGUAUCGGCCAAUAAAGAUAUCGAUAUUGACGAUAAUACAUACCAGGUCAGCCGGGCUUAUUACAAGCCUGGCGGGGUGUAAGCUCUUACUUACCUUCCCAGCAGCUCCACUGUGUAAAUCUUGCGAGUCCCGUGCGAUUUACACAGGGGAGCUGGAGGAGCUGCUGGGAAGGUAAGGCGCAGAAGCUCUUACUUACCUUCCCAGCAGCUCCACUGUGUAAAUCUUGCGAGUCCCGUGCGAUUUACACAGGGGAGCUGGAGGAGCUGCUGGGAAGGUAAGUAAGAGCUUCUGCGGACCCCACUGCUUAGUACAAGCCACUGGACCACCAGGGGAUGCCAUAGCCCCACUCCCUGCACAGGUAACAAGCAGGGAGGGGGACAAAAAAACAAACCUAUAAAAACAUUUUUUUUUUUUAUUAAAAUAAAAAAUGCCCCCCCAUUUACACAAAUUACAUCCCUUCAGAAAUACACACACACUACACAAACACACUCUGCAUUAAUUAUAUACACACACUAUACAAACACACACACUCUGCAUUUAUUAUACACACACUAUACAAACACACACACUACAUUCACUAUACACACACACUGCACAAACACACCCUAUAUUCAUUAUAUACGCACGAUACAAAUACACACUGCAUCCACCAGACAAACACAAACAGCUCCCCUGUCUAAACACACUGCAUCCUCUACAUGUGGCAAGUAUAUUUUGUGCAUUUACCUUUAGAAAUUAAUUUUUUCAAAAUGGUAAAUGUACAGAAUAUCGGCUAUCGGCCUGAAAGUUCGCAGAUUAUCGGUAUUGGUAUCUGCUCUAAAAAAUCAAUAUCGGUCGAUCCCUAGCACUUGGUUAAAUAACCUGGGGGAUGUACUUCAUACAAAUAUAUUCUUUAUAUUUGUGUUGGUUUUGGAUUCUGUGACUAAAAGUUCUCAGGACGUCAAAUUUUGGAACUUUUUCGCUUUAUUAACCAUAAUUGAUCCCUUGCGAUUAUGUUUUAUAAUUUCUAAAACUUAAUUGAAAUAAGACACAUUGGACAUAUCAGGACUAACUAUUUUAAGUUUGUUUUCUUUAAUUGCACUUACUGUGUAGAAAUUAUUAAAGGAAUGCUAUAGGGCCAGUAAUGCAUAAAUGUUUUCCUGACCUUAUAGUGUUAAAAACACUCUUUAGGUGCUACUCUUUCUCUCCCCCCUCCUUAACCCUUUAAGGACCAAACUUCUGGAAUAAAAGGGAAUCAUGACCUGUCACACAUGUCAUGUGUCCUUAAGGGAUUAAAGGGGAUUGAAACUGUCCCUUAUACACUUCCUUGGGUGAAAUUGUCAAUUUUGAUUAUCUCAGCCAAGGAGGCAGGGUGGGGGGCAGAGCCAAUUGAUGCGCUCGACAAUCAAUAUCUCCUCAAAGAGAUGCAUUGAAUCAGUGCAUCUCUUUGGGAGUGUUUAGUGUGUCUAUACAGAGUGUGGAGACAUUGCACAACACUGACCCAGGAAGGGCCUUUAGUGGCUGUCUAAUUGCCCCUGGAGGGGUCCAUAGGCUGUAAUGUAAACACUGCCUUUUUUUUUUUUUUUCUCUAGAAAGGCAUUACAAUGGGUUUGCAUUACAAUGCCUGGAGGGACAUGCUAUACUCGCCAGAACAACUACAUUAAGCUGUAGUUAUUCUGGGGAUUAUAGUGACCCUUUAAUUGUAAAAUUAUGGGGGUUAUAUUUUCCAUUUUGAGAUAGAUAUAGAUAUAUAUAUAUAUAUAUAUAUAUAUAUAUAUAUAUAUAUAUAUAUAUAUAUAUAUAUAUAUAUAUAUAUAUAUAUAUAUAUAUAAAAAAUAUAUAUUUUUCUUGAAAGAAAAGCCUGCUAUUUAUCCCUUAAAAUUGCUAUGUUUAGAAUGAACAUAUGGCAAAAGUGCCAAAAUGUCCUAGGUCAUAAAUUUCACAUCUCAAGCCUUGGACCUUUAAGGGGUGAAAUGAUUGAAGUCUUUGGUUUGAAUCUUGUAUAUUGAAAUUGACAGACUUCGAAGUAUGAAGAAAUUUGUGGAACUGCUCUGCAAAACCACCAUUGUUGCCUAUUCCAAAAUGCUUCCUGACCUAAGAUUUUAAUGUAUGCCUUGACCACUGAAAAAUAUAUCUAGGAAACCUCCAUAUAUCUGCAUCUUGGGUAGAGCAACAGUUUCCAUCUAUACAUACGUAAAUCCUACUGCCUAUAUAAAGCAAACCUCCACCUGUAAUAAAAUCUGCUGUAUUACAUGAUCCUCUUGUAACGUUGCACAAUCUGUGGGGUUUUUUUUGGAGGGGGGGAGAGGUUGGUAAUUUUUUUCUGAUAAACACUUUAUAAAUAUUCUUGUUUUGUUAAGUCUUUUAUUUUAUCAGGCCAUUAAAAGUGUAUUAAACAUUUCUAUUUUAGCUAAAAAUGUUUCUAUGCAUAUAUUUAGGGGUGGGGGAAUUACCUAUUGCUCAAUUAAUUACCUGUAAUGUAGUGGUGUUUUUAUAGAUGAGAGUUUAAUAGUUAAUAUAAAAAUGAGAUUAGUAGGCGUUCAGUUGUUGGUGUUGAAUAGGAAUAACUUAUCAGUAUUGCAUUAAAGGGACACUAUAGACACCACAACAACUACAGCUUAAUGUAGUUGUUCUGGUGAGUAUAAUCAUUUUCAUGCAAACACUGCCUUUUCAGAGAAAAGGGCAGUGUUUACAUUGCCCCUUGGGACACCUCCAAAUGGUCACUCCUCAGCUGGCCACUGGAGGUGCUUAGUGGCUCAGUGCUGCGCAGUAGACAGCACUGCCGUUCAGAGUCUCCACGCUCUGCAUGGGGACGCUGAAUUUUCCUCAGAUGCAUUGAAUCAAGAAGGCGGAUGGAGGGCGGGGCCAGUGUCGGACCUGCGCAGCGCUGGAAAUAAGGUGUUUUAAUUCCUUUUUAAGGGGGCUGGAGUUCCUUUAACAAUGCCUUGUUUUUCUUUCCAAACAAUGUUUUGUGCAAUUUAUUUUCAUGGUAUACUAAUUUAAAAAUUAUUCCUUUUUUUUUAUUUUUUUUAUUCUAGCCGCCAUACCCAACAAUGCAACAACCUCAACACCAUCCUUAUUAUCAGCAUCAUGCGCCUCCACCUCAGGCACACCCACAGUUCUCAGGCCACCAUCCAGUUCCACACGAUACAAGAUAUCGGGACAAACGGGUUGUAAGUAAACAAAGAAUUGUAAAUCUCAUAAGUGCAUUUGUAGAGUUUUCACAUUUGUACUCUACGUAAAGGAAUGUCCAUUAGACUGUAUUUAUAAUGCUAAAGGGUUGGUUGGUGUUCUGUACCCCAUUUGUGCACCUUCCUCCCCAUUGCCUGUUUAAAAUAGUAAAAUAAAUAUGAAAGUAUAUCUUACAUGUAAUCCAGCACCAAGAGGUUCCCCCAACACAGUUCGUAGAAUUUUUUUUUAUUUUUUGGAUGGGUGGGGGGUGAGGGGGAUUUGCAUGGUCUGCUUCGAUUUGCCCUGCUUGGUGGCACUUCUCUAUGUAAGGUUAAACGCCUCGGUGAUAUAAUGUAUUAAAAAUAUCCACAGGCUAGGAUUAUCGAAUACUAUGCUUUAAAGGGACCGUCCAGGCACCCAGACCACUUCUGCCCAUUGGAGUGGUAUGGCUGCCAGCUCCCAUCACCCUUAACCCUGCAAGUGUAUUUUUUGCUGUUUUUAUAAACUGCAAUAAUUACUUGCGGGUUCUUAAACUACUUUUUGGUCGCUUAAACCCUGGACGUCCUCACGCUAUGCAUGAGGUCCUCCAGCGUUUCUGUAAUCCCCAAAGGAAAGCAUUGAAUAAUGCUUUCCCAUGGGGAGGUCUAAUGCAUGCGCAUUAGGUCUCCCCCUGCUGGCAGACGUCAGCGGGAAAGGAGCGUGGGUAGAGCCUGACCUAGGAGGGAGUGGGGCACUGUAGGAUUCUCUAGUGCCAGGAAAAUGGGUUUGUUUUCCUGUCACUGGAGAGUCCCUUUAAGUUUAUUUAGUUUUGUGAAUGAGGCUGUGCUCAUUAUUCUCCUUAGUUGCCAGCCACACAUGAUGCCACUGUGUUAUGUUGUAAGGCAUGGUCAUUAUAUGGGACAGUGAAGUAGGAAGUAAAAUUUGUCUUUUCUCUGAUAUUAAUAACAAUCUUAUAGAUUCAGUGAAAUUGACAAAUUGUUGGGAGUUUAAAGCAGUCGAAUUUAAGGAUACAGUUACAGGGGGACCACUUUUGCACCAUAUUUCACUUUCUUUACAUACUGUAAAAGUAUUAAUGGCAUACGUUGUGAGGUAAGAGACUGAGACUAUUAGUCUUACCUGCAAUAAUUUUAUUUUUCAGCACGACUAUGAUAUGAGAGUAGAUGAUUUCCUCAGGCGAACACAAGCUGUUGUCAGUGGUCGACGAAGCCGGCCAAGAGAGAGGGAGAGAGAACGUGAACGAGAUCGCCCUAGGGACAACCGCAGAGACAGAGGCCGUGACCGUGAUCGUGACAGAGAUCGUGAGAGAGAGCGGAUGCGAGAUAGGGACCGAGGCGAUCGAGGAGAUCGUACUGAUCGGGGGGAUAGAGGCAGAUACAGGCGAUAAUCUCUUUAAGCAUCAUGGUUGUGUUCUGUUGAACUGUUGCAUUAGAUUUCCCUUCAUGUGUGUUUACAAUAUAGUGACAUUUCUAUUUCUGUAGUCCAUUUUAAAGAGGGGUUGGUGAACACUUAAUUUUUUAUGACCACAAUGGCAAAUGUUGGUACCCACAAUAUUUGAACUAAUUUCUAAAGAUGCUCAGGCAGUCUAGAGGCUGGCUGCGCAUCAUUGGAAGCGUGCAAAAUCUUGGUUGCCAGGGUUUGACCAUCCGUUAGACUUGAUCCUCUGUGAACACAAUUUGUGAACUGGAGAAAAUAAGUGACAGAAAUGAGGAGCCAAGUUGACACACACGUUAGAGACCAGACCUUAAAAUGAGUAAGGAGUAUGAGAGCUGUGUAGGGAUUUUGCCAUUUAUGUUUUAUCCCCUUUCACCAGCCUCAUCCAAAUGUUUUGUUUGUCAGUCCAUAAGUUUAAACCAGUUGAAACACUUAUUCUGAGCCCAUAUUGAUUGAGAAAUAGGCAGUAACUGCCAUUAUAGAGUUUGCUUUCUUUCUGUACAUGUAGUUGCAGAUGAUUCUGUGAAAAUAAUGCUGCUAUUAAGUAUGCAAAUUGCGGUUAGGCUAACUGUAUGUAUUAUAAAAGCCUGCCCCGCACCCUACUUAUCCCAUUUGUCAAUGAUGAAAGCAAUACUAUUAAGCCUAUUGCCUUUUUUUUUUUUUUUUUUUUCUCACUACUUGUAUGCUUUAAUGUUUGGCUGAACAGCAGACUACUGUGGGGAAUGAUCACAACCUAUGUUUGCUAAGAUGAUGUUUAAAAAAAAUAAAAAGUUUGCUCUUGCUUUCAUUUUUGUAAAAAACUGAAAAACAUGCGAUAUUUGUUACUGCAGUGGUUUUUGAGCCAUGUGAUUUGCAGCUAUUAAGCUCAUUUACCUCUGCUAUAGGGCAUCUCUUAUUUGUGUAGUCUUAUACCAUAAUUGAAGGUUUUGUGCCAUUUUAUAAUAAAAACCACUGUAUAAAAAAAAUACCUGUAUUUUGUCUCUAAUUGCACAUUGUAAAUAAGUGAU